AUGUCUUUACCAGCUGAACCCUACGUCGAACUGCCCAAACACAUGUACCAGAAAGGGGUCAAGCAUUUGUGCGAGAACGGUGUGACACAAGUUCCACACAAACAGCUUCAAGGCAUGGACAGAAGCCGAGUCCUUAAAGUUCUCUCUAACGCUUGUCGAGAGUUUGGAUUCUUCCAGGUGGUAAACCAUGGGAUUGCAGAUGAAGUGAUUGUUAAGAUGAUGGACGUAAGCAAAAGGUUUUUCGAGCUUCCUUUUGAAGAAAGACAAAGGUACAUGUCAAAUAAUUUGUCUCAACCAGUUCGAUAUGGCACUAGCUUCAACCAGAAUAAUGAUGGAGUCUUCUGUUGGAGAGACUUCUUGAAGCUAAGUUGUCACCCCAUGCAAGAUUUCGCUCCUCUUUGGCCUUCUUCUCCUGUUGAUUUGAGGGAAGCAGUGGGUGAGUACUCAAUGAAAACCAGACAUUUGUAUGAAAGGGUGAUGGAUGCAAUACUCGAAAGCCUUGGGCUUACCGAUGAGAAAGUGAUUUCGAAUGAUGGUAAUCAGCUUGUCAUGGUGAACUAUUACCCUGCAUGCCCACAGCCUGAACUCACACUCGGUCUCCCACCUCAUUCCGACUAUGGGUUGCUCACCCUUCUUCUUCAGGACCAAGUUGAAGGUCUUCAAAUACAACACAACGACAGAUGGGUUACUGUUAAACCCAUUCCUAAUUCAUUUGUUGUCAAUAUUGGUGAUCAGUUUGAGAUCUUUAGCAAUGGAAGGUACAAGAGUGUGGUUCAUAGGGUUGCAGUUAAUUCCAUGCGGUCUAGACUCUCUGUGGCAUCCUUACACAGUGUAAACGAAAAUGUUACACCGUCACCAAAGCUCAUUGACUAUUUGAAUCCUAAACGUUAUAAAGAUACAAACUAUGCCGAUUUUCUACACUAUCUUACGUCUUCGGAAUUUAAGUGCAAAAGAUUUUUAGAAUCAAGGAGGAUAAAUUAAGGUCAACAGACAAUUUUAUAUGUUAAUUAUUUUCUUGUCGGUUGAUAUAUAUACUAUGUACGUCUUAUGGGUAGAGAAUACGUUAUGAGUUCUAUGUAUGAAAAUCAGGGAAUUUAUACGAGAAUUCUAAAAUACGAAAUAACAUUCUUUGAAAAAGAAAUAAUAUGCUAAAACAUGAUGCAUACAUAAAAGAAAUAAUUAUUAACUUGAAAAAGCCUGUUAGGGCAAUCGUCGUUGCUAAGAUGCCAUCAAUUGAUUCAUAUGUUAACAUGAUGGUUAAAUGAAUUGACAAUCAAGCUAGAUGUAUCUGAUGCUUUCAUAAACGAAAUCAUUGCGCUAAUUAGGUUCAUGUGAUCGGUCUGGCUAAAAAUAAUCUUAACCAAACCAUUAAUUAAAUUGGGAUGGACAUGAUCUUUGUGGGAGAUGAACUCGUUAUAACUAAGAAUAACCAAACUGACUAUAAGGUGAUCAAAUACCGCCAAAAACACAUUCAAUCGAAGUAGUAUGAUGAUUGUUGAAAAUAUAAGCUAAACUUAGAUUUAUGUUGUUUGUUAGUAUUAGGUAUAAUUAGGUGUUGGUUAAAUGAUAGUUGGGUGCAAUGGUUGGUAUUAAAGGGCGUGAUGCUUCAAGGAAAUAACUGUCGCAUAAAAUGUAUGUAUGUGUGUCAUUUGAUGUAAUAAAUGUUUGUUCUUGAAUGUUAAUAAAAAGCCU